AUGUCUGUGCUUCCGAGGAACCAAAUCCAGUCCGGCAGCAGUGUCGAGGGCGUGGACAACGACGACACGUACGGGCCCCGGAUACUGAUUGCGUGCUGCUUGGUCGAAGUGCUGUCGACCGUGCUGAUCACUCUGCGCUUCUACUGCAAGCUGAAGCGGGGCCGGCGCCUGUGGUGGGAUGACUAUAUUUUGGCCUCGGCGUGGCUAUUCCAGACCUGCGACGUCGCUCUGAUCAGCGUCAACGUCGGCCUUGGCGAGGGCCAGCACGUGUGGCGGCUGGGCCGCGGCGUGCUCUCCACGCUGGGCCUCAACGGCAACGUGUCGGGGACGCUUUCCAUCAUCGCCGCCUGUCUCGGCAAGACGUCGUUCGGCCUCACGCUGCUGCGCCUGACGGCCGGGCUGACGAGAAAGGGCGUGAUUUUCUUGAUCGUGUCCAUGAACAUCGCGCUCGGCCUCUCGGCCCUGUUCAUCUGGCUGCAGUGCGACCCGCCGGCCAAGGCCUGGAGCCCGGACCUCGACGGCACGUGCUGGGACCCGAGCUUCAGCUUCAAAUACGGGGUCUUCUCGGGGGCCUACUCCGCGCUCACGGACUUGGUUCUGUCCAUCCUCCCUUGGCCUCUAAUCUGGCGUCUCCAGAUGGAGAUGAAGGAAAAGGUCGGCGUUGCCGUGGCCAUCAGCAUGGGCGUGUUCUCCGCAGGCGCCGCAGUCGUCAAGACAGUCCAGCUACGCUACCUCAGCAGAGGGGAUUUCACGUACUACGAGAGCGAGGUAGUGAUCUGGGGCACCGUCGAGACGGCUGUGACCAUCAUGGCAGCCUCGGUUCCCUUUCUGCGGGUGCUUGUCGUCGAAGUCCAGUCUGCGUACGCCCGCCGCGACGGCGUGUCUGGCGGCAGCGGCCGUACCAGGACGCGCGGAGCGGAACACACUGACAACGGCGCCGGGGCCAGCGAGAUCGUCUUGACGUCAGGCAAGAGCCCGUACGAUGUCGAGUCCUCGCAGAUUACUCUCAGGUCUGGGGAGGCGGUGCUAGCGGACGAGGGACGCGAGGGGCAACAUGACGGCGCACGACGUUUAACUAAUAUUACGAAUGCAGCUGUUGGAGGUGUUUAG